AUGAAAAUCGCAGAUACCGUGGAAACAUCCAAAGACUGUGAAAAAAAUAAACUUAAUGUCAUAGAAUUUUAUCACAAGAUACUCUGGGAUAGUCAGCAAUUGGAACCACUUCCCUCAAAGCAUGGUCGCAGAGUAGGCUUUUCGACUAAUCCACCUAUUAUUCAUGAAUACGAAUCAGAGUGUAGCGGAGAUUUAGCAUUUGGUUACUAUUCUUCUUCUCACAUAACUGAAGUGUAUUGCAAAGAAGGUAUUCAGCACAAGAUGACCAUGUCACAAGAAUCAGAUACACAAAAUGACAAUAACCAAAGAAAAAAAAGGCUUAGAUCGAAAUUUGGUUCAGUAUCCAAUAUGCAGUCUGAUAGCCAGCCACAAGGUUUUUCAAUGGACCCAAUGAACCCAGAUGUAUCCAAUAGUCUUGACAUAUUCUCCAGUGACCUAUUCAAGGAUCUGCAGGUACCAGAAACCUUACUCAAUGUAUGCUUUGAAGACAGUAUUUGUGAGCAUAAAAACAAUGGCUGUGUUGAAAUGUCGGGCUAUCCUCAUUCAGAUAAUGCACAUACGGACAAAAGAAACAGAGAUAGCGAAAAAAAGGAAUAUGUAGAGAGAGCUUAUACUGAUGCUGAACAAAAGAGAAUAAUAGGGAAUAAUUAUGGUAGUAAAGCAUCUUGUGUCCCUCUAGCUUUUCAGCGAGUUAUGCGCAAACUAAGUCUAUUCAGAUCUUUGUUUCAAAAGAAAAAGCCCUGUAGGCCUUUUCUUGAAAGAAAACCGUUAUAA